CAAUGAAGUGGCUGGGGUGGGCGGGGACAGUUCAAACGGACGGGCGGCCGGCGGAGAGCGGCGCCAUGGUGAAGCCGCCCUGCGCCAUGGCAAUGAGCGACUUCGACUCCUCUGACGACGAGACUGCUGAGGAGGAGCUGAGGCCGCUCCCUGUCUCCUGGUUGCCUUUGUCUCCUGUCUACUCUUCCGAGUUCCUGGGAUUAUGUUCCCUUCCAGGUUGCAGGUUUAAGGAUGUCAGAAGAAAUCUUCAGAAAGAUAUAGAAGAACUAAAGAAUUAUGGGACCCAGGAUAUAUUUGUGCUUUGUACCAGAGGAGAGCUCUUAAAAUACAGAGUGCCAAACCUUAUAGAUGCCUACCAACAGCAUGGGAUCUGUGUGCACCACUAUCCUAUCCCAGAUGGGGACGCUCCUGACAUUGCCAAGUGCUGCAAAAUUCUGGAAGAGCUCAGAAGCUGCUUGGAAAGUAACCGGAAAACAAUCAUACACUGUUACAGUGGUCUCGGGCGCUCAUGUCUCGUAGCUGCGUGUCUCCUGCUUCAGCUUUUGGACACGCUGGCGCCUCAGCAAGUGAUAGACAGCCUCAGGAACUUGAGGGGAUCUGGAGCGAUACAGACCAUCAAGCAGUACAAUUACCUCCAUGAGUUUCGGGAGAACCUAGCCACACAUCUGGCAACAAAGGAUACAACAUUGAGAUCAGUAUCGCGAUAAUGCACGCUAGCAUGGUGCACCUUUGUCCACGUGGAUGCGGCAGACACCUGGGCAAGACACCUCGCUCCUGACCUUUACGGUUUCUCAUUGCUACUGCCUGUGUGAUACAACUGCUCGCUUCCAAAUCUGCAUGUCUAAUGUUGGGGUGGGGGAAGGAAAUCCUACAGGACAUGCAGCAUCUGCCUCUAUUUAGCAGCCUUUAAUACUCACUGCCUUAAAAAUACAUUUUAUUGGUGUUCA